AUGGGGCGCGCGGUGUGGCGGUUGGCGUCCGUUGCUGCGGUUGUGGGGCCAGGUGGGGAAGGCUCUGCCGCGCGCACUCUUUCUUCGGCCGCCUCUCGGGUGCGUCGCAGUGGGUGCCUCCGCCCUAGAGACUUCCCGCCGCCGCUUGCUUCUGUCGGCCUGAGGGGCAGGGCGGUGUGGCCUGGAAACGGAGAGCGGAAGAUCAAUAUUGCAACCAUGCCAGAAAUAAAUACAGAUGAUCUGGAUGAGCAGCAAGUACAGCUGCUGGCAGAGAUGUGCAUCGUUAUUGAUGAAAAUGACAACAGAAUUGGAGCGGAUACCAAGAAGAACUGCCAUCUCAAUGAAAACAUUGAAAAAGGACUGCUGCAUCGUGCUUUCAGUGUUUUCUUGUUCAAUUCCGAGAACAAACUGCUUUUGCAACAGAGAUCAGAUGCAAAAAUCACUUUCCCAGAUUGUUUUACCAACAGCUGUUGCAGUCAUCCCCUCAGCACACCACUAGAGCUGGAAGAAAAUAAGGCAAUUGGAGUUCGACGAGCAGCACAAAGACGCCUCCAAGCGGAGUUGGGCAUUCCACUGGAACAGGUAACUCCUGAAGAAAUCUUCUACCUGACCAGAAUUCACUACAAAGCCAGGUCCGACGGGAUCUGGGGAGAACAUGAAAUCGAUUACAUCCUGUUUGUGCAGAAGAAUGUGAUGCUGAAUCCAGAUCCAAAUGAAAUUAAGAGCUGCUGCUAUGUGACACAGGAAGAACUGAAGGAACUACUGGAAAAGGCAUCACGAAAUGAAAUUAAGAUCACUCCCUGGUUCAAACUGAUUGCAGAGACUUUUCUCUUCAAGUGGUGGGAUAACCUGAAUCAUCUGAAGAAAUUUGUGGAUCAUGCUAAAAUACACAGAAUGUGAAAUUAAAUGUGCUGAUAUAAAAG